AUGUCAAAAGUUUCCGGGUACAUUGUUUUAGGAAUCCUAUCCGUAUGCUAUGGAUCAGCUUACGCAUUCGUAUCCAAAGCAUUAAAGUACUAUGAAGGCUCUGUUCUCAAUUCGAUGAGAAUGUGGUUCGCAUUCUCAGGCGCUCUUACGGUAUUCCUUAUUAAUUACAUAUUUGUUGGUAGCUUCAGAUCAUCUUUAUCACGAUAUAAAACGCCUGCCUUGUCUUGCAUGUUCUGCGGCACAUUGAAUUACGGUUUACCACACUCUAUGAUUUCAAUAGCUCAAUCCACGAUUCCAUCAACAAUUGUUAUCAUAGCUCAACCUUUUGUCUCGAUGUUUGUACUUCUUUUCUCUGCCGUGCUACUUCCAGAUGAAAAAUUAACAUUAACUAAGUUUUUGAUCCAAUGCGUAGCGAUUACAGGUGCAAUCAUUACAUCUGUUCCCAAUUUCGCCAACAUUGAUUUCGCAAGUGGCGGAUUUAGCUUUUUCCAUCACGUUCUUCUUAUCGGCGCUCUUUUCUCAUUUGCGUUUGGCUCGAUAUACAUCAAAAAGUACCUCACGAACUGCAAUUCGAUACUAAUGGCAGUCUACCAGCUUUUAGGUUCUGCCAUUUAUGCAACUCUCUUCUCUAUUUACAGAAAUACGUUUGUUGGAUAUAUCGGAAAUAUUUUAGCUCCUGAUCUAAAAGCCUUGUUCUACCCAGUUUUGCUCGGUCUUGGAUUUACUUGUUCGGCAACUUUCAUGUCUACUUACACUAUAAGGAAACUUGGUGUUACUAUCGCCGGAUUCGCAAACUACGGACAAAUUAUUGUCGGUAUCAUAGUUGGCGUAUUCUUCAUGGGCGAAUGGAAUUCGUAUUCUGGUAAAGAUAUCGCAAUUGCCUUGUUUGGUGUCGCUGUACUUGCCAUUUCUAUGAUCUGUGGAUUAGUUAUCAAGGAGAAAGUAAGAACUGAUGACGAAGAAAACCUUCUUAGCUCUGCCUAA